GGUGUACUGCUGUCAUAGCUCCCACACUGUUGUGUUCGAUAAAAUCAUCGAAGGCCUCAUCGUCCUAUACAAUUGUCACCAUGCGGCAGAUAUUCACAGCUGUUUUUCUUGUGGCUUUCGCUAUUCUAGCAGCGAAUGCUUAUGCUAUUCCUAAGGAUGGGUCAAGCGUUGACACGGUGUUUGGCAGCGCUGCUCGUGAGGCCGUUUAUCUGGGUGAAAUUCUUCGUGAUGUGGCAGAUACCUUGGAAAAGGAUGAACAGCUGAGUGCUCAGGGUGAAGAGUAUUUUUUCCGUCACCUGUGGAACAGAACCAAAGCAGCUGUGAAAGAUGCUGCUAAGAAUAUGAAAAUAUCCGCUAAGGAAGUAUACAACGAAGCCAAGGACAACAUUAAGAAAACCGCUAAAGAGGCCAAGCAUAAGCUUGGGGAAAAAGCGGCUUUGAUUGUGUCUGAAAUGCUAACCAAAAUCACGAGUGGCUAUAGCAAGGAUGACACGGAGGGUUACAUGAGCUUUUUGAAAGUGUUCCUCAAUCUCAUUCGUCGUUCGGCAAGCCGAUUGGUCAGGGUCGGAAUGGGCUUGGAAAAAUCGCAGCUCUCGUGAAAAUAAAAUUGUAACAUAACAGUUUGCUAUGUUAAAAAUGUUAUAACUUUUCUUUCGUAAUCUGAGUAACCGGGAUGC